AUGCCGGUGCGGAAGAAGCAGCGUCGGGAAUUUAUCGUCACAGGCCCAGCGGCCGCAGAUGAGGCGGCGGGGCAGGACGAGAAUGUUAUGGUGCGCCUCGUGGACGAAAACGGUGAGCUGACCGGCACGCAGCUGCUUCUCCCUGUAACCGCAACACCGAGGCAGCUGGAUGAGCUCCUGUGCUCCAUGUUGGACGAGGAGGCGCGCGGGACGCCGUACGCCUUCUUUAUCGAAGGAGAGCAGGUGCAUGACAGUGUGCGCCAGACGCUAUUCAAGAGGCAGCAGGAAGUCUUUGCUGAUAAAAUGAUGAAGGAGGGACGCCGCUUCAGGCAGCAGGACGUAGACAAGCUAGAAUUUGAAGUUCCAGAGGAGACAAUUGUGGAGAUCCAAUUUAAACCGCAGGCAAAGUUUAAGGUGAGGCCCGUGACACGUUGCGCAGGAACACUUGACGGGCACAGCGAGGCGGUGCUGGUGGUCAGUUUUUCCCCCGACGGUGAAGUGCUAGCAAGUGGUGGAGGCGACAAGGAGAUACGACUCUGGGACGUCCACACGCUAACCCCCACGCAGGAGCUUAAGGCGCACACCAGUUGGGUGCAGGUGUUGUCGUGGGCCCCAGAUGGGAAGCACCUCGUGAGCGGAAGCAAGGAUGGCACGCUUAUUGUUUGGUCUCACGAUGGUGCGUAUGAAAAUUUUAAGGGAAAGCGCCACAAGGCGCACUCAAGUUACUUGUCGCACGUUUCAUGGGAGCCGCUGCACCGAAACAUCGAUUGCAAUCGGUUUGUUUCAGCCAGUAAAGACGCAACCCUCAAGGUUUGGCAUACUGUAACCGGGCUUCAAUUUUCUCUCUCGGGGCAUCAGGCCUGCGUCACCUGCGUGAAGUGGGGCGGUGAAAAUUUCAUCUACUCAUCCUCGCAGGACCGUACCGUCAUUGUGUGGGAUGCCUCAAAUGGAACCCCGCGUAGUGUGCUUCGCGGGCAUGCCCACUGGGUAAACUUCCUCGCACUCAGUACAGACCUCGUGAUUCGGACGGGCGCCUUUGAUCAUGAGGAGAAGAAGUUUGACAUCCCUGCGAAUAUGCAGAAGUACGCGGAGCAGCGGUAUCAAGAGGUGGUGGGACGGUUUGGGGGCCAUGAGCGUCUCAUUAGCUGCUCCGACGACAACACCAUGUUCCUGUGGUGCCCGCAGGAGCAGACAACGCCACUGGCACGGUUGACGGGUCACCAAGGGGUCGUGUUUCACAUACAGUUUAGCCCGGAUGGAACCAUGAUUGCCUCCUGCUCCGCGGAUAAGAGCGUCAAGCUGUGGAACGCCGCCGAUGGCAAGUUCAUUACGACGUUUCGAGGCCACGUGGCCCCUGUGUAUCACGUGAGCUGGAGCCUGGACUCCCGCCUUCUGGUCUCUGGUAGCCGCGACUCCACCCUGAAGCUGUGGUCAGUCGAAAAACGUGAAUUGGUAGAAGAUCUUUCCGGCCACAGCGACGAAAUUUUUUCAACCGAUUGGAGUCCCGAUGGCCAGCGAGUAGCAACGGGCUCAAAGGACAAAAAAGUUCUCAUUUGGGUUCAUUAG